AUGACCUCUCUUCCAUUUCUCCCAGGAAAUUCGUUUACAGAUCCUACGGUAUGUAUAUUUUGUGAAAUGUUUGGUUGUCAUGAAUGUUGAAGUAGGAAAAAUCACUGUAAAUCGACAUAUAUGUAUGGCCUGGGAAUAUUACCUUCUUAUUUCUUUUGGGUUAUAUUUUUUAAUGUUUCUAAAUUGUUAGGGUUUAUGAGGUCCUCUUUCUUUUAAAGCAGUUUGACUAAUUCUGUAAGCUCUCAGUAUCUUUUAUCACAGUAACGUUGUUUUCAUACUGUUAGAUCCUCUUAAUUUCUUUCAGAAAACCAAAUUUCAUCGACCUCAAACACUCGGAUGGAAGAACGGAUAUUCCUUGCCAACAGCCCCUGUUAUAGGGAUCGGCGGAGAUCCAGUACCUGUGAACAAAUUGACACAGGAAGAGCUCGACGAACUUGCAAAUUUAAAGCCCUCACUGACUUAUGGACAAAAAGUUCAAGCACCUCCAGAGGAUUUUGUCCCUGCCCAUGUAGGAUUUGAUAAGAAAGUUUUGCUUUUCUUUGGAUAUUUCAAGCAAACUGUGCACGAGUCUGCCAAUGAAUAUUACAGAGUUCGUCCAGUUAAAGUGUAUUAUUACCUGGAGGACGAUUCUAUUGCAGUUGUGGAACCUGUAGUUAAUAACAGGUAAUGAAAAUGGCCCUAUAAAUUAUACUCAAAGUUAACAUUUUAGGGAAAAUUUUACAUUCCAGUUAAAAAUAUACUGAAAAACAAGUAAUGCUUCCACAGACCCAAAAGUUGCAGCUACACCCCAUGCCAAUCUACGACUGCUAAACUAGACUGUUACAUGUAGUUCUGUAUCAAUGCUGACCCUUUGAGAUCACAUAAAACUACACCUGACCAACAAUUUUAUAGCCUGCAUCGCAGAUGAAUUUAUCCCCGGAUAGUAAUGUCUGCAAGGAAGGAACCCAAGAUUCAUGUUCAGGGCUAGGUUGCAUAAAACCCUCUUAAGAUAAGUCGAGGGCUCUUAACUUUUGUUCUGGAACAACCUAUUGUUUUGAAGUAUAGUUACGAAUUCCCUUAAUCUUAAGAUGUUUUUUGUAACCCAGCCCUGGGCCUCAACAGACUUAAAGAAUUACGGGAACUUCAACCUCAAAAAAAACUUGAAUGGCAGCUGACAAUGACUUUUUUAGCAGACUAAUCACGGUGCAUGCUCAAAUUCUGGUAUACAUGUGGUGGCCCAGAACAAGGAUUUGGGCACUAUUUUGCAGACAGACUGUCUGUUGCACAGGCAACAAUUUUACAGUUUAAUUACAUGCAGCUCAUUGCCCCUGAUGAACCACUUCUGAGCCAGUUACAAAAGCCUUAUUAUUUCCAUGUCUAGCCUCGGGAAAACAAUAAUAUUAUUGCUAUUGCCCACAGGAGAAUUGUAUGCUCAGUCUAGCAUGGUGACUUGUAAUGUAUAGUAAACAAAUGCUUUUUUCUCUCUAUGUUUUAGUGGAAUUCCUCAAGGAAAACUUAUUAAGCGUCAGCGUUUACCAAAGAAUGACCUUGGUGAAUAUUGGCACUGGAAAGACUUAAACCUUGGGAUCAAUGUGACUUUUUAUGGGAAAGUGUUUCAUCUUUAUGACUGUGAUGCUUGGACAAAGGUAACUUGAUCUAUUUAGUUGUUCGAACUCUAAUGUAUCAACCAUGUACUAUAGGCGGUUUUCCGUGAAUUACCGGGUGAAAACUUGCUGCUUGAACUUCGAAUCUCUUUCGUAUACCAGACCUUGAUGACUAAUGUAUAUUUUUACAACCCUGUUCGAGCCAAGAAGUAACCAAUGAUUUAUGAAGGGUCUUCAACUUUACCAGUGUAAAUUCGUAGAUUCAAAGAAGACCCCUCUUUUUGAUACCUGUAUACUUUCCACAAGCCAUUAAGUUUAAUUUCUGAGGUACCAUUCACCAACAAUCUAAUAACUUUGAAGGAAGGAAAAGUUUGGGCUUGAAGCAGCUUAGCCUGACAUUUUUUCCUAAAUUUAAAUUGUACGGUUGAACCUCCACCAAUGGCCACCUCUUUUAAAUACAAUGGCUCCCUUUUUUGUCCUGGCGGACAGUGACCAUACAAUGGUCACUCUUUUUUAAACCUCUCUACCACGGCCACUAACUCAUGUCUCCAGCUGCCAAAAUAACCUCGACAACAACCAGUUUUUUUAAGCUGACUGAUGAAAGUUAGUCAAGAAUUGUCACAAAAUUUGAUCAGUAUAUGGCUUGUUGAUGAUUAAUUCUGGCAAUCGUAUUUUGAUUGUGUUCCAUUUGUAAUCUUAUGCUACUGCGGUAAGCAUAAAUUGUCUACGAUACUUAUGAACCUUGCUCAUUUUGUCAUGUUAACAUUUUUACUCAAAAUGUAUUACUCAAGUUUUCUAUUUUUUGUUUUUUUUUUAUCUCUAUACAUUAAAAUAAUGAUUGAUUACUAUUAUGGUAUAUAAAGUGUCGUAAGCAUGAACUGCAUGAGAACAAUAAACAUGUUGCCUUGCGGCCACUUUCUUCUGUCCCCAAGGUAUCCGUGGUUUGUUUGUGUAUGUACACUGUAAGCUUUUAGUAUUGGUACUCAGGAGAUCAGAUCUUGAUGACUUGCCUGACUUUUUUCUUUAGGAAUAUUUGGCCAGUGAGGGGAUAGAGCUUAACCAGCCGCAGAUGCCCGAGAAAGACCCUUACACUGAAUCCCGUAAACAGCCUCUCCGCACCUACAAGACACCUUCAUCCUUUGACAAACUGAAACAGUUUCUGGAGUUGGACCGGAAGGUUUUAAGAUUUUACUGCGUGUGGGAUGACAGGGACAGUAUGUUUGGAGAAAUGCGACCUUGUGUGAGUACAAGCAAUUCUUAAGCCCGGUUCUCAUAAAUUUCUGACUUUACACUAUAUGUAACUAGUCAGCUGCUUGUUUUGCCUUGGAUAAAAUUUCAGUAGUGAUAUAAAAACAGUUUAGGCCCAGUUCAAAUGUCAAUAUUUUCAUGUACUGAAUGUAUACCUAUUUAAUUUGGUUGACCUGAAUGAUACAAGUUUGAUGUUGAUUCAGACGUCGAAGGUAAUUAGUCUGACUCAAUUCAUUUUCACAAUGUUCAAUGGUCUACAUUGUACAAUGCUUACUUGUAAAUGAAAAUAAAUUUUAGUAAUUUAUGCGUUAGGUUUGGCACAUAAACGAAGUCGCUCCACAGUCAAAAUUCUUAUGUGGACCACUCGAUCUUAAUUUGUGGGUCGGACUUAAUUGGUUCAAACAUUGAAGGAUAUUUUCAAGUACUUAAUUGAAGGGAUUAGGUUCAGUACAUAAAAAGGUUGACGUUUGAACUGGGCAUUAGGCGAAAACAUUGAUGCAUCCUUUGAAAGACAGAAAAACAAUUUUCAGCAUUGAUAGUGCAUGUUUCUUCUGUAUUCACCACAUUUAUCUGUUUGGUUCCAGAUUAUACAUUACUAUCUGGUGAACGAUACUGUGGAAAUUAGAGAGGUGCACACAGCUAAUGAUGGAAGAGAUCCCUUUCCUGUUCUGGUGUGCCGACAGAGACUACCUAAAGACAGAACUAAUGUAGAAUGUAAGUACAUAGUCUGUAACUGUAGCUCAGAGAGCUACAUACAUCUGUUUUCCUGAGUUUGAAUCCAAGCCAGACAGACACUUAGCCUUAGGGUCGGUUAUUUAAACAAAGACAGGUUGACCACGGUAUAGCAAAUCUUUGGACCUUCAGAUCUCACUUCAUAAUGUAAAUGAGUUAUCUUAAGAAGGUAAAUGCUUUUCUAGUCUAUGCUAUGCUUUCAUGAAACUGUUGACGAUAAAUGGUGUUUACAUAAAAGCUUUUGGCAAACUGAAAAUGGCUUAGAAUGUGGUUUUGUUAAACACUGGCUAAACUCCAUUUAAGUAACUGGCCCUUGAAGGUUUAAUUAAGAGUAACCGAGGAGAAAGUGCUGCUGACAUUUCACAUCUGCACAUGCCAUCAAGCCCUUUGGUCUUCUUUAAUAGAUCUAGAGAAAAGUGAAAAUUAAAACAAAGGCCCCAUCUCACAACACUUUAACAUCUUUGACUCUUAUGGGAUGUCUUGAAUACCAUGUCAGUGUAGUUUACACAAUAAGUGCACGUGUCCUAAAUCUAAACCUAGAUACUUCUUUUGUAGCCAAAAUAAAGAAAAUUAAUUGUUUUGCUGUAAAUAACCCAUUUUUCUGCCUUAUAUUUCAGCAUCUUUUCCAUCCUGUGUUCUGGAAUUAUCUGAUCAUGAAAUCAAAGACUGGUUCACUCCUCGAGACUUCAUGGUUGGAAAGACCCUCUUUAUUCUGGGAAGAAGAUUCCUUCUUCAUGACUGUGAUGAAUUCACAAAGAACUAUUAUAGGGUCAACUUUGGAAUAACCGACACUAAUCCUGUCGAUGUGAAAGGAGAACCAAGAGAACCGUUGAAUAAGGUAUUUUAAAUAUCUUUUUUUAUACAAAAACCUGUCAGUAAUUAUAUUUAUUAUUAGACUGCUCACUGGCAGUAGAAAAGUUUAUUAACAGUUCUAAUUCCUUUGAUUUUUAAGUUAAAAGCAGAGGUUUAGUAAUAUUAAGCAAGAAAAAAUUAACCCUAAAAAAAAUUUUGCCAAAGAUUUACAUGAUAAAUCUGGAAUGUUACACAUGCCAAUUAGUUUGGCUCAAAUUGAGUCCGAUUGGACUUUAAGAGAUGAUGCUAGUUCUCUAAUUGGUAACAUUUCAUGCACAAAACAAUCAAACGUAUUAAGGAUGAAAAACUGUUUGUCAAGUUCUUUCGCGACAAUAGUAUUAUAGUGUUUAACAAUUACUGAUCGUUUAUUUUGUUAGGAUGUUCCACCAUACAAUGGCUUUGGCUCUCUUGAGGACAGCCUUCAAUCCUGCCUGUCUCUUGUGCCUCAGCCUCCAAAGAAAGACUUCAUCAAAAUGCUGGAAAAUGAUCACAAAGUACUACGAUAUGCUGCGACCAUGGUAAGUUACAAUCAUCCAAAUCGUUUGUGGAUAUCUUACUGUGUCACAGUUUGUAAGUUACAGUGAAAUACAAAAUACCAGUACUUGUAUUGGGAAAAACUUGCCUUUAAUGACUACCAAUAAAAAUCAUUUGUUUAAAUUUUUAAAUUGUAAUAUUCUUUAUACUUGAGGUUUUUUAAUAUCCCGGUCUUAGAUGAUUCUGUGGUUUGAAUAUACAUUAUCCAUCCCUCUACAAGUUCCAGUAUGUUCUUGAAAACUUAAGAGUCUCAUGGCAAGUUACCUGCUGUCAAAAAUUAUUCGAACUAGUUUAGUAUUAAUAAUAUUGUUACUUUUAAAGGAGCUUAUGUGAGUUGCUUCUUUUCUUUGUUCAGGAAAGUUUCAGACCAGAAGACAAAAAUAGACGCUUCAUCAUCUAUUACCGCCUGGCAGAUGACAUGCUUACAAUCUAUGAGCCUCCGGUGAGAAAUGCCGGAAUCAUUGGUGGGAAAUUCCUUGAGCGCACACGCGCCACUAAACCAGGAUCAUCUGUUGAUAAUCCUGAAUUCUACACCCCGGCAGACUUCCAAAUUGGUGCCCUCAUACAGAUCUUCAAACAUCGCUUUAGAAUAACAGAUGCCGAUGAGUAUGUGUUAAAAUAUUUGGAAUCACAUGCUCAGAUAUAUCCAAUCACCACUAUCAACUCCAUUAGAGAAAAGCAUGGGAGACCACCAACAACCACAGAGGAGCUGCUAGCAAAUGUGCCCCAGGGAGACACUGAUCCUAAUCUGUGGAAGAGCCAGCCAGAUGGGAUCAAGACAGAAUACCAGAGAAGGUAA